UUUGUUCAUUGAAAAGGCUAUAUCCUUGCUCGGAUAUUUUGUGCUUGUGACGCUGUUGCAAUCGGCGAAAUCAUGUCUUCCAGUAUGUUAGAGUCGCUGGGUGACAGAGUGGCGAUGUUUGAUCAACAAGCAAACAAACACAUGACCAGCCAGAGUAAAAAUCCAUUUUCUUCUGGGCUCAAUUUACCAAAACCCACUUUCUCCAAAGAGGAAUACGGAAGGCCGGCUGCUGGGUCCCUCUCGGAUAUUCGGGGUCGCAAGGCCUCCGCUCACAUUCUCAAGGAAGUCCUCGAGCUCUGCGACGUGAUUUAUCAAAACGGCACGCCAUGUCGUGAUCAGCCAGAGAUCCUUGCCAUUUCCUUUGGUGACCUUUUCAAUAUCUACGUGCAUAUUAACGACAAACUCGUUGGUCUGCUGUUGCGCGCUCGCAAACAGAAACUUAUCGAUUUCGAGGGAGAGUGCCUCUUUCAACGUAGAGACGAUCACGUACCCAUCUACCUCAUAAAGCCCAUUGAAGAAAUUAGAACGACUUUCCGGCAAAAACUUGAAGAAAUGUCGAGAGAAAUACCACAGCACUUUAAUGAAUAAUCCCACAUGAGGAUUAUUAAUUAAAUGGCGUCAAUCAAUUUCACAUCAAUGCAAAAAUAUCAUGGUGAAGACGUGUACUUUUCGUUUCUGUAAAGUCA